GCUCCCGGGCCCGGCGGCGGCGGCGGAGGCGCCGGGGGCAGCCGGUGGGGGGCGCUGCGGCACCGGGGCGGGGGGGGGUCGCGGUUCCCGGGGGGUCCCGGGGGAUCCCGCUGUCCCGGGGGGUGUCCCGGGGGGUGUCCCGGGGCGGUCCCGCUGUCCCGGGGCUGUCCCGGAGGGUUUUCCGGUGUUCCGGGUGGGUUCCGGUGUCCCGGGGAGGUUCCGGUGUCCCGGGGGUGUCCCGAGGGGGGUUCCUCUGUCCCGGCUGAGUUCCGGUGUCCCGGAGGGGGGGUCCGUUGUCCCAGGGAUAUCCCGAAGGGGGGUUCCGGUGUCCCGACCCCCAACGGGGUGUCCCGGGGCGGGGGGGGGUGGACCCCGGUGUCCCGGUAACUCGGGGUGGGUUGUGAGUCCCGUGUUUAUCUCCUGUCCGUGUGUCCCAUCCCCGGUGACACCCGUGUCCCCCCCCCACUCCCCCCCCACCCCGGGGGCCGCUCCCACCCGCACUCACCGGCUGCCCCGUCCCCGGUAGGCGGGUGCAGGAGCUCCCGGUCCCCCCCGGUAACCGGCGUCACCGCUCGAUCCCCGGUAGCGCCAAAAGCCGGUGGCCCCCCCCCCCUCCCGCCACCCCGGUGUGUCCGCCCCCCCCCCCCCCCCACCCCCCCCAACUUCCCGGUGGGUUCCCCGCCCCUCCCGGUGGGCGGACGCGGCGGCGGGAGCGGCCCCGGGCCCGGCGAUGGCGGCGCCCCCGGGGCGGCGGGAGCGGCUGCGGGCGCUGGCGCUGGGGCGGGGGGCGCUGGGACUGGAGGCGCUACUGGACUUACUGGUGGGACUGGUGGGGGGGUUGAGACACCGGCUGCUGCUGCUCCGGGACGGCGGCGACGGGAACGGGAGCGACAGCGACAAACACGUCCGGGACUUUCUGAGCUGGGCCGAGCCCGUGGCCUCGCGGCUGCAGGAGCUGCAGCUGCAACGAAGCGACUUCGAGAUCUUGAAGGUGAUCGGGCGCGGGGCCUUCAGUGAGGUGGCCGUGGUGCGGAUGAAGGAGUCGGGGCAGAUUUACGCCAUGAAGAUCAUGAACAAGUGGGACAUGCUGCGGCGCGGGGAGGUGAGGGACAUUGGGGACAAUGGGGACACUGGGGGCACUGGGGACAUGGGGGACAUUGGGGACAAUGGGGAC